AUGGUAUGUUAUAUUUGUUUACAACAUAAUGAUCAUAAUGUUGUAUCAAGUUCAUUGGAAACACAUGAAAUUAUACUUAAAUAUUCAAAUUUAUUUGAUUUUGAUCAAUUAUUAAUUUCAACCCAAAUUGGAUCUAUAGAAGAAAUGCGUGUUAGUGAAGUCUUAAAAAUAGAUAUUACAUAUCUUUUAUCUUUAUGUGAACAUGGUGAUCUACAUUUACGUGGUGCAUGUGCAAGUUUACUUGCUACAUUAAUUCAAACAACAACUCAUCUUUUAUUAAACAAUGUUCACUUGUAUCAACUGAUUCACAAGACAGUUCAAGGAAUUAAAUUAUUAGAAGAUUCUAUUCAACAUACUAGAAGUUCCUGUAUUCUUGCUAAAGUUAGUCUAGCUCAAUUUAUAGAUGAUAUUGUUUUUCGAAUAUUAACUUAUCUUGAACACCAACAAUUAAAACAACAGUACCCUGAUAUAUGUGUUCGUCAGGCAACUGCUUCGACUUUUGCUAAGUUUGUUGAUCACAAUUCAUUUUUACCAUGUCAAUGGUUAUAUAAAAUUCAUCAUUCAUUACAAGCUCAAGCAUCAACUCGAAUACAAAUUAAUGAAAAAGAUUCAUCAACAACAUCAAAUACAGACAAAGUUAAAAAAGUUAAUCAUACACAAUUAGUUUUAAGUCUUAUUUCUACACAAGAUUUAUCAAAAAAAUUUGGAAGAGAAACACUUAAUUAUUUUAAAUCAACAUUCAAUGUACGCAAAAGUCUUAGAAAAUAUAUUAAUAGAAAUGAAAGUGAUUUUCAAGCUGCUGUACUCGAUUUACUUGUUCAAUUACUUUUAAUUCGUGUUAAUUAUAGUUAA